GGGAGCCCAUCCAGCAUAUCACUAAACCCAUGUUGCAAGCAACCAUCCCCAGCCCGGGGCCGGGAUGGGUUCCCGAUAAAGUCUAAAGGGGGUGAAGGAGAGAGUCUACUAUGUCACUCGUUAUUCUACGUAAGAUAUAUAACUCUGACAUUUUAGACAAAGUUAUAGAGUUAGAAUUGAAUUUCUUCCUCCAUGGCCCCCUUCUUCAAUACAUAGUUUGCCUGUAUUAAUCAGCCACCAGCCUAAUCUGAUCGCUGCCAUGAUGAUGAACAAAGAGUACUGAUCAUACAAUGCAGAUCGGAGGUUUUGGCUAAUGUCUGGCAAACCGGCAAGUCACGGAACGGCAAUUAAUGGACUCGGUAUCGAGUCUUUUAUGGCUAUAUAUAUAUAUAUGUAUAUCUAUUUCCUUUUCAUAUAUAUCAGUGUUGUGAUUGGAGGCUUUUUUUGCAUGGAACACAUUUAAAAUGUAACAAAAUUGAAGGUUUGUGUUGGAUCUCCGCCGGCAGCGGAGUGAAGUGUGUGUCGGUUCGGUGUGUCCUUGUUUUUCAGUUUACCGUUAGUUUCUGUUUUUGAUGAUGUCGGUAAUGAUAAUGUGAUCGGAAAGUUCUCUGUUUCUUACUUGUCUGUCUUAAUGCACGUGUCUGAAAAUGUUAGCACGUGUGUGUCUGGCUUUGAUUAUCAUCAUUCAAUGAUUGAAUGUUAUAG